AUGGCAGAACGAACAUCUUUGGCUCUUCACAUUGUGUGUCUCCUUUUUGGCGCCGUACUUUGCAUGCCUACAGAAUUAUUACGAGACUUUGAUGUCGACGAUGGACGAGAUCUUGAUAUUUUUGAAAUCAAUGAAGAAGCCGGGUUAAAUCUGGUCGAGGGUGAUAUUGUGCUGGGCAAGAAACAAAGUAGGAACUCCAUAUUAGGUGACGAGUACAGGUGGCCCACUACCAUUCCGUACUUCAUGGAAGAUGACCUUGAAAUCAAUGCAAAAGGUGUGAUCCUAAAGGCCUUUGAGCAGUAUCGCCUCAAGACCUGCAUUGACUUCAAGCCAUGGAAUGGUGAAGCUAACUACAUCUCCAUCUUUAAAGGCAGUGGCUGCUUCUCCUCGGUGGGCAACCAGCGCGAGGGCAAGCAGUAUCUGUCCAUCGGCACAAACUGUGACCGCAUCGCCACCAUCGAACACGAGUUUUUGCAUGCUUUGGGUUUCUGGCAUGAGCAGUCCAGAGCAGACCGGGACGACUACGUGCAAAUCAUGUGGGACUACAUUUCCGAGGGCCGAGAGCACAACUUCAACAUCCACAACGACACCACCUCCAGCUCACUGGGCGUCCCCUAUGAUUACGGCUCCAUGAUGCACUACAGCAAGGGGGCUUUCAGCAAAGGCUCGGAAUCCACCAUCGUCACCAAGAUCCCUGCAUUUGCCGACGUCAUCGGCCAGAGGAUGGAGUUCAGUGACAGUGACCUGCUCAAGCUGUCCCGCCUCUACAACUGCACUCGGGGCUCAACCUUUUUGGACUCGUGUGAUUUUGAAAGGGAGAACAUCUGCGGGAUGAUUCAGGGGCCGGGAGAUCAGAAGGACUGGGAAAGGAUGGUCACAGCAACAGGAGGCCCCCGCACAGACUACUCCAACAUGGGAAAAUGCACCGGCUCCGGUUAUUUCAUGCACUUCAAAACAAGCAUGGCCAACCUUGGUGACACAGCCCUCCUGGAGAGCCGAAUCCUGUACCCCAAACGGGGCUACCAAUGUUUGCAGUUCUUCUUCUACAACAGCGGAAGCCCUGAGGAUUCGCUGGAGAUCUUUGUGAGGGAGUAUGACAAAGCCGACAAUGCUGGGAGGCUGCGCUUUAUCACCACCAUUGAUGGACCGCCUCAGGACCUGUGGCAGCUUCACCACGUCAGUCUAGACGCCACAAAGAAGUUCCGUGUGGUCUUCAAGGGAACCAAGCGAGGCGCUGGAUCUUUAGGAGGACUAUCUCUGGAUGAUAUCAAUAUUGCAGAGAUGGCAUGUCCUGAGUUUGCAUGGCGUGUGAAGAACUUCAGCCAUGUCAUGGAGAACACACCCACUGGCGAAGCAAUAUUUAGUCCACCCUUCACCUCCAAGGAGGGCUACACCUUCCAAAUGACGCUCUACCCCAGCGGGAGAACCGACUCUCCUGGGCAAAUGGCAGCCUACGCCAACCUGGUGGCCCGCGAGGGGGACAGCGGGCAGGAAUGGCCUUGCCCCUGGAAGCAAAUGACCAUGAUGCUGAUGGACCAGAACCCUCACAUCCAGAAGCGCAUGUCCAACCAGCGCAGUGUCACCACUGAUCCCUGGCAGAUGUCAUCUUCAGGUGACCAGUUCUUCUGGGACGACCCUCGGAAGGUGGGCGUCGAGGUGACUGACGCGGACGGCUCCAAAUACUUUCGAGGACCCGGCUCUGGUACUUCGGCGUACAUCACCCACCUGAGAGCCAGGAGCAGGGACUUCAUAAAGGGGGGAGACGCCAUUUUUCUCCUCAGCAUGGAAGAUGUGUCUCAUCUGACUGAUAGCCAACCACUGCCCAGCGCCACCCCUCCACCCAUGAGUACUUCCAGCACAGAGUCACCCCCGAAUGUCUGCACAGGUGUGCUGUGCCAGAAUGACGGCGUGUGCAUAGAGGAAUAUGGGAAGCCUGUUUGUAGGUGUGCCGCUGGGGACGAUUGGUGGUUCUAUGGCGACAGCUGCCAGCACAGAGGUUCAACGGCAGACAACAGCACCGUCGCCCUGGCCUCCUCGCUCUCAGUGCUAGGCGUCAUGUUGGUGGUGACCAUCACAACUGCUGUUUGCCUUAAGAAGAAGUACAAGAAGCGUAGUAGUGGGAACGACCUGGUCCUACAGAACAUGAGCAAACCAGCAUGA